AUGGGGUACGGCCGGGACCCAUCCUCGCGACUCACUAACGGCAGCUGGCCGGACGGCGCGCGGAGUGUAGCUGUGCUAUGGCACCCACAGGCUGUAACAAACCCGGAAACUGACGAUCCAAAUGCUUAUCACAUAGGCGUUAACACCGAUUUCAACAUGACUUCGAUUUUCGAGGAGGAGGUGUCAAAUGUGGUGGAGGCAGAGGAGGUGUUGCAGAUGAGGGUUGACUAUAACGGGAGAAGCAAGGAGAUGCUGAUCCGAUGGGAGGGGGAAGGGGGGGAGCUGGGGGGGAGGGAAGGAGGGGGAGGGGUAGCAAGCCACGUGCCUGCUCUGAAGAGUGCUCCUCUGUUCCAUGACACCGACCCCUGCAAGGCCUCUCCCGUGCAGCCCUGUGGCACGGGUGCAUGCACCAAGGCACGUGCCCCGUGGGACCCGUCUAUCCUCGUGCCCUCCUGCAAGUGCCCCUUGAAGCUCCCCUCCUUCCAACCCUCCCACCUUGCCGGCCUGCCCUCCUGCUUCCCUGGUGAGCCGUGGACUGAGGUAGGCAAGAGGCGGAGAGCGGUAGUCUGCUGCUCACUCACUCUUGCUCUCUUCCCACUCUGCUUCCCCGAUUGUCUUUCCCCUUCCCUCGCCCUCCCUAAACCAGAUUCCUUCACAUGUCGCCAGUUCCCCCGCAACCCGUGUGCCCCGGGGGUGUGCAUUGAUGACAUAGAUGGCACCUACUCCUGCCUCUGCCCCUCGCCCUACUUCCCCUUCUACUUUUACCCCAAAGGCGCUGCCCGCUGUUACCAUUGUGCGUACCACAUGCCCAUCCGAUGGCUCUUAUCGUCAUGGCUCUCAUCACAUGCACCUCUGCGAUUGGCUGAGACUCGAAUGCCCACCUUCCUGUCGCCCUACGGCCUCACAUGCGCGCUCAUCCUCAACACCUACGGGCUCACCCAAGCAGACUUCUUCAGCCAAAACAAGGGGUUCCAGUGCCGAGCGCCCAUCCCUGUAGGCACUCUUGUUAACGUCACCAGCCGGGCUUUCUCCCAAUGCACUGCCAUGUACACUGCUAAUUAUGGUGACACGUGUGACUCACUCAACGCCCUCUUCUCCACGCAGAUACAGCCGCUCAACCCCGCCCUCACCUGCUCUGAUGGGCCCAGACCCGGCCAGCUCCUCUGUGUAUCCCUCAACCAGACGUGGCUAGAAGAGGGAAUGACCCGCAUAUCAUGCAAGCUCCAGGCCCAAAUCACCCCAGCCGUGACACAAACCCCGCCCACAACCUCACCCAGCCCUCAACCACCCCCUCCUCCUCCGCCUCUAGCCAACUACACGAGCGUAGGUGUGCUCGUGACGGUCCUCCAGGGCCCGCAGACCUGCCAGCAGCUGUGGCGGGCGUUUGCCAUCGCCUCCCCCACGCGCUUCUUCCAGAUGAACCCCGGCCUCUCGUGCGACUCGCUGCUGCCGCACAGCCCCCUGCAGGGCAACAUGAUGAGAAGGCCCCCUCAAAUCGCUUGGCUGGCCUGGCCGAGUCACACACAGGCACCACCUGCCAAAAGGCCAUGUAGGCCUCACAUCUGGCCUCUUUCCAUCCGUCUCCCUGUCCCUGCUUCUCUCUCAUUGUCUUCCAUUCCUGUUUCUGUCGGCUGUUGGUGUGUCCCUCUCCCUGUCCCUGCUGCUUCUCUCCCUGUUUGUCUUCCAUUUACGCUCUGUCCCUGA